AUGGCGAAUCCAGGAUACACUGGUGAGUUUUUCAGAUUUCCGGUGGUAUCAAGCAAUAGCGAAACCACCACCACCACUACCCCCACCACUGCUCAGCCUCAUCAAUUAACACAAUCAUGGGAAAGAAUGCAACAACCAGAUUUUCUACUGUCGGGGGAACCCUUGCUUUUGGGAUUCGGUCAGACGAGGGAGAUGCCGGCGAUGGUACCGACGUUAGCCGUCCCGGGACAGACGUACGGCGAAUGGAACUUUAAUCCUGAUCCAAGUGGAACUGUUGGCUCUAUCAAUAUUCAGUAUCCGCCUUCGUCGCCUUAUUCUUCCUCGAGUUCUGGCUCUUGGGCGGCUGGACAGAAGAGAAGACGUGAUCAAGAUGAUAGUGUCACUCAGUUUCCAGAGCAAGUCCAGAGGAUCUAUGGCGGGUCUCGAGAAUCAUCAUUCUCUGUCAAAACUGAGGUGGCAGAAGCAGGCGGUACAAGCGUUGAGCCACCACCUACCACCACCGAGGAACACCAGACACCGCCACCAGAAACCUCAACAGAAGAACGAGGAGAGAGAAGAAGAAAAUAUAGAGGGGUAAGGCAGAGGCCAUGGGGGAAAUGGGCAGCAGAAAUAAGGGAUCCACACAAAGCUGCAAGAGUAUGGCUAGGCACAUUUGAAACAGCAGAAGCAGCUGCCAGAGCAUAUGAUGAAGCUGCACUCAGAUUCAGAGGCACCAAAGCCAAACUAAAUUUCCCUGAAAAUGUAAACUUGCCACCACCAACCACCACCCUAGCGGCGGCACAACCACUACCACCCGCAUUCUUCCAAAAUCAACCUUUUCAAAUAUAUGAAACUACUAGGGACUACAGGGGAUACUCACAAUUACUUCAAAAUACUGCUGAUUUCCAACAUCAACAACCCACAAGCUUGUUAGAACAAAUGCUCUAUACUUCAUCAAUGGCUGCUGCUGCUUCAUCGUAUCCUCUGCUGCAAUUCCCCAAUCAACAACAGACAACUAAUUCACAGACGCAAGGAAAUCAAACUCAAGAAAACACACCAAAUUAUCCUGCACCACCACGGACCAGUUCUACCAUCCAUCCUGCAUAUCCUAGUUAA